AUGAAUGCAUCCAGUGUGGGAAAGCCUUUUCCCGGAGUGCAUACCUUGUUCGACACUGUCAUCCACACUGGAGAGAAGCCCUAUGAGUGUAGUGUAUGUGGAAAGGCUUUCACUGAAUACUCUACUUUUGUAUUACAUAAAAGAACCCACACUGGAGAAAAACCUUUUGAGUGCAAAGAAUGUGGAAAAGCCUUUAGCAUUCGGAAAGCCCUUCUUCGCCACUUCAGCCUCCACACUGGAGAGAAGCCCUAUGAGUGCAUGGAGUGUGGAAAGACCUUCACUGACAGGUCAGUCCUCACUAGGCACCAGCGAAUUCAUACUGAAGAGAAGCCCUAUGAAUGUGUUGAAUGUGGGAAGACCUUCAAUAGUAGGUCAUACCUCAAGCAACACCAGCGAAUUCACACUGGGGAGAAGCCUUAUGAAUGCAGUGAAUGUGGAAAGGCCUUCACUCACCACUUCACUCUUGUCUUGCAUAAAAGAACUCACACUGGAGAAAAACCUUAUGAAUGCAAAGAAUGUGGGAAACUUUUUAGAGGAAGGGCAGCACUCAAUUAUCACUUCAGUAUCCACACUGGGGAGAAGCCCUAUGAGUGUGUGGAGUGUGGAAAGGCCUUUAUCCACAGGUCAGGCCUUACUAUUCACCAGCGAAUUCAUAGUGGAGAGAAGCCCUGUGAAUGUAUCCAGUGUGGGAAAACCUUUUCCCAGAGUGCACACCUCAUCUGACACUCCCUCAUCCACACUGGAGAGAAGCACUAUGAGUGCAGCGAAUGUGGAAAGGUUUUUAACCGCACCUCAUCCCUCACUCAUCAUCAAAGGAUUCAUACUGGGAGAAACCCUACCAGUAUAACAGAUGUGGGAAGACCUUUUACAACUGUAAAAACUUCAGCCAAUAUCCAAGAAUUCCAAUUAGAGAAAUAA